UUCUUGUUGUUUUAAUGUAAAUACCGGAUUGUCCUCUGUAUCAUAAAUGAAAACUGGGAUAAUAAUAUCCUACCUUCUUCACUGUGUAGGUGCAACAGAGUUUGUGUUGAUGUGGAUCUUCACGAAUGACCAGAUCUUCACCUACGCUGCCACUAUGUACGCGGUCAAGGCCGUUACUGUAAAGGUGAUACCCUUCGAAUGUGAUGAAAAAGCCAGCUUUUCGGUGACAAACACGUACAACUUCAAUGAAUCCACGCCUCUACGUUACACUUUCGUUGACAGCGAGCCCACUAACGGUGGGAUCUAUAACUGCCUCAAGGUCGACUCACCGUCCGAAUUUGAUAUGGUCAUCAGUGUGACGUCAUGCACCACAGUGUUGGACACGCUGCGGCCAAUAGAGAAGUCGCUUUGGAGUACCGAAUAUCUGCUCACAAUCACCGUAUACCACACCGACAUCUUCGUGUAUUCGGAGGAGAAAGAUUUUCGUGUGCACGUUCUCAUCAGCUUUGGGAAACGUACGACAGACCUGACCGGGGAGAAGUUGGACGGUCAGAGGAUUAUUCAACAUUUGGAAAAGUGGAAAGGUUUCAGGAUAAGUCUAAGGAAUAUGACGUUAAAGGAUUAUGUAUACCUGGGUGCAUGGGUGAACGCGGAGAAGCCUGUGGCCGUCAUGCUCUUAGUAUGUAAAGAAUACUCGUGUUACAGUGCAGAACAACUUUGGCCGUGUGAGACACUGGGUAAACAAUAUCACGCGGGCGAGCUCAUAAAGUCCACCAUCUUGAUGACCAGAUCUAACGAAGACAUUGCGUCGCAGACUUACCUGAGGGUGGAUGACGUCACAGAGACCAACAUCACAGCUCCGUUCGCGGGGGCGGUGUACCAGGAAGAUGUAAAAUACAGCAUAAAGGCCCAUACGUAUAUUGCUAAGUUCACAAUAGGGGGAAACGUAUAUUUCUCAAAGACAGCCUUCACACAGCUAAUGCCUGUGUCGACCUACACCAACUUUUACAUACUGAUGUACCCAACCUUAGAGUUCCCUGAGAUCAAACACUUCGUCAGUGUGAUCGUGAAGAACGGGAACUUCAGCUCUCUACUGCUGGACGGGGAAAAUAUCACAGAGACAGUUACUUUCGCUGAUGUUCAGCCAAAGAGAGAUAACUACGUCGUCACGUCGUUUGAAGUAACGCUGAGUAACCGGUACCUAUCGGCCCCUGUAGGGGUCGAUUUUGGGUGUAUCAUCUACGGGGCUCGGGCCAAGGGGGAGAUCCCUUUGUAUGCGCACCCAGCCCGCUCCCCCAGCGAUAUUUUUAAGCAGAUAACACUGAACGACACCAUUGCCUACGACCCACGAUCUGCCCAGAUCCCAACGGCUUUAGAAUCUCCAAUCUGUAAGAUUCCGACCACCCCACGUCCGGUGCGUGGAUGUGUUGAGACGGACAGUCCAGAACUUGUACUCAUUGACAUCCCACAGGAAUUCAAACUCUUACGACUGGUUUUAUUUCUGCCUAUCUCCCCCCUACCCUGGAAGCUGGACAUCACGUGUAUCAAGAAUCUGAAGCGGGUCUGCAAGUACCGUAUAGAGGAGAUCAGACAAGGAAAAUAUUUUUUAGACGUGGACACAGAGGUGGACUAUGUGGAGAUUUUAUCCUACAAGACGGAGAUGAGGCUGUGUGAUAUUCAAAUUUAUGGAGAAGAGAUUAAAAGCGUGGCCGAAGAUACCAGUCAUCAAGUGGACACUACAGAGAAGUUUUACACGACUUGGUGGUUCAUCCUGCUGUGUUGUCUAGCUGCGCUCGUUGUUCUAGUCAUUAUUCUCCUUAUAUACAAGGGAUUUUGUUGCUAAAUACUUA